GGACCCUGGGAUCAUGACCUGAGCCGAAGGCAGACACUUAAUGACUGAGACAACCAGUGUGGAAAAUGGCAGGCAAUGGAUGAUGACGUAACGCCUAAUAACCCAAGGCGCUAUUUAUUACUGGGUAAAGGAAUGCUGCUGUUACGUUUGCAUUCACACUCCCAAACUGAUUCUUCAAAGUAAGGACCAGACCUGGCCCCUCCACAUCAGAGAUCCCAAAGGGAGAAGACAAGCCGAGCUCCAGGAACCACAGCACGUGGGGAUCACUGGCUCAGGUCCUGCCUUUCAUCCCAGGCUCUUGCUGAGUCAUUUCAUUGUGUUAAAAAUGUCAUUUUUGAAGGACUUAGGUGUGAAAACGGAGUCUGAAGACCUGGGAAGAGAUGAGCCCCAGUGCUGCUCAGAAGACUUCACCAGAAGCCUCUCGGAGCCAGACAUGAACCUCCCCACAAUGAGUUCUCCCUAUUCACUGAAUCAACCUCAUACUGGGGAGGUAUCCGACUUGAAUCAGCAGGUGUGGGUCCUUCAGGGUCAGACCAUUGUGACAGUUCCACGGAGUAACAGUGUGACCCCAGUCACCGUCACUGUUGUCCCAUGCAAGUACCCAGAAUCGCUCGAGCAAGGCAGAGGGGUUCCCAUUUACUUGGGAAUAGAGAAUCCAGAAAUGUGUUUGUCUUGUGAGGACAUUGAAGGGCAGCCCACAUUGCAACUGAAGGAGGAGAAGAUCUUGCGUCUGUACAAUGAAGUGGAGCCCGUGGAUCCCUUCCUCUUCUACCGCUUAGAGAUUCACAGUACCUCCACCUUUGAGUCUGUGGCCUUCCCUGGCUGGUUCAUUGCCUCCUCUGACAGAGGCCACCCCAUCUUCCUCACUUCACACAAGGGGGAAAAUAAUGUUAACUUCAAUUUAAGUAUCAAUGCUUGAACUCAGGCUGGAGGGGAUAUCCUGGUCAGAGGUCUUUGUGUUAAAUUUUGUAGUUACCAGCAUGUUUUCCUCUAUACUAUCUCAGUGUCAUUUCACAUCAAUGCUCAGAGGUGGGCAGGACCCUGUUAUCACCGUACUUUAUGAAUGACUUCAUGGCAACUGAGGCAUAGAAUGUGGGCUCAAACAUAGAAGGGAGGGGUGAUGAAAGGUUCUCCUUUCAGGCUGAAGCUGUUCAUCCCACAGCCAUCCCACAGUGUGAGUAUGAGGAUGUUGGGACCCAAAGACAUUAGGGCAUUCCCUGGGGGUGGAUAUGGAGAAGGUUGGAGCUCAUGAAUCUUACCCAGAAUUGGGUAACUAGCACGGAACUGAUUGUUUUUUGUUUUGUUUUGUUUCCUUUCCUAUUUGGAUUACAUUUUCCAUAUAGUUUGUAUGUUGCCAGUAUAUCUCAAGUUGUAUUAUGUAUGCUUUUAAGGGUUAAAGAACUUUUAAAGAUAAAGAUUCUUAAUAAUAGUUAAAUUACUUUUUCCCAAUUUUAAUAUGUAAACAUAAAGCCAAAUAUAAACUUCAUGUGUUUAUACAAUAAGAAAGCUAAAACUUAAGAUAUAAAAUGAAAUAGCAAACAUAGUAAACUGAAAUUAGCAAGAAUAAUUGAAUGAGGAUGGCUGGGUGGGUGAGCCUGGGACUGGGGCUUAGCUGGGGGGAGGAGAACCCCUGUUGCGGGUGAUAGACUAGGGGUGAGAUGAUGCAUGUAAAAGAGAACUAUUAUUUCACUACUUUCUGUAUAGCCUCACAGCCCUGAUUUCUUUGCCUCUUCUAGACUUUUCUUUUUAGGCAUACUCACCAUCCACAUAAUCCUUUAAAAACUGCAGGAAAGGUCCAUUUCUUUGGAACAGAGAGCCUACCUUUUCCAGCAGCCAUGCUACAGAUGAUGAAUUUUAAUGAAAUCGAUGAAAUUAAAGCCUUGAUUGUGGGUACAAUUGUAGAAAGAUGUAGCUCAGAUCUGGUUCUGUGUAUAAUACUUUUCUUAUUUUGACUCUGUUAUUACAAAUGCAGAAAAUUCUGUUUGCUUAAGUACAAUUUCCAAAAUAGCACCAGUAAAUUAAAUUUGUUUUUUUUCCUACUUUUGGACAAUCAGAACACAUACUCUUCUAGGCAG